UGAGGAGACGCCGGUGGUCGGUGGAUGGCGCUGUCUGCAGCGACGACAUGGAAGACGGCGUCCGCAGGAGAAAGCCGGGGGCGGAUGAGGUACUGGGGCGGCUUGUGCUGCUGCAGUCGCUGGAGAGCGAGCGCGGUCGGCUGGAACUCCGCCAACUGCACCGCACCAGGUCGCGCCUGCGCGCCUCCUCCUCGGCAUCCAUCAUCCUCUGCGCCUUCGCCAUGCAGUCAAUGGUGGAGCUGCAGGUGAAUGUGCCAACACGCUGCCCGGCCUGGCUGUUCACCAUGUUCGCGGUGUGCACCGUGGCACUGGUGGCGGUGCAUACGGCUACUCUCGUCAUCUCCACCUUCCUGAUGCCUGACCUGCACGUGCCCCACCACCGUGUCACCCACCCGCUUGUGGUGCGCCUUCUGACACCCGCGCUGCGUCGGCUCAUAGAGAUUGCCUGGGGCUGCUCCUCCGUCGCUGGACUCUUCCUCUUCAUGGUGGAGAUUGUUUUGCUGAACUGGGUGAAAUUCUGGGACUACACACUAACGGCAUGCUGGGCUGGUACCAUUGCUAUGAUGCCAUUCAUGAUAGCCUUUGUUGCUUUUUGCAUCUACUUCCAUCGGUCGUUUCUGGAACAUGGUUAUCAGUUUCAUCAAAAACAGAUUGUCGCCAUCCAUAAGCAGUAUGAAAAAAUGUUGUGUGAAGUGUGAAAGAACAAAAACAGAAAGUAUUAAAUUAUUUAUUGCUUUUAUUAGUCUAACAGGACUAUUGUACUAAUAAUAGUGAAAGCUGUAAAUACUGAUCAAUGGCAUUAAGUACUCGCUACUUAAAUAUGUGUAGUAACCACAUUCCAGGAGCAGAAAAACUAGUGAUGGCCUCAGAAAAACAUGAACAGGGAUCAGGAUAUAUCUUGCAGGUCCGAAAACACAGAGUUACUUGGAAUGCAGAUAAAGACUGUUUCACACAAAUAUUUAUUGUAAUCUUUGUUUCCAUCAGAUACUAAUAAGUUUGUAUCAACUCUGAUUUAGUGUAAGAGUAAAAAGAAAUUGGCUGAUCUCGUAUGAAUAAUUCCAUAAGUACCUUUCAGGACUAUGAUAAGGCGCAACAAUAAAUUACAUGGAAAAAUC